AUGGCGUCGACCGAUUUCUUCGAAUAUUUCGAUCCCCGAUUGAUCGAAUCACUGGAGAACUGCUUCGGAUACGCCUACAAAGCCUAUCCCGUUCUCGAAGACGAGAACGGUCUCAUCCGCUCCGACAUCCAGCCGGAAGACGAUCAGCCGCCGUCGCCGGUCACGCCACUACCUCCGCCGCCUCCUUCCGCUUCCUCAGUUUCGUUGAUCGUCGUCUUCGACGUGCUCAAUCUAGUACCAGCGCCGCUGGAUCACUGCCUCGUCAACCGCCGCACCUGGUUCUCGCGCCUGCCUCUCGAGAAAAUCCUUCCCGCCAGAUCGCCGUCGGAGGAACCGGACGACGAAAAUCAGAAGCCACCGCGUACGCGUCAAUCGUCCACUCAAUUGGAGCGCGCGACGGAGUUCGUGAAUCGGCUGGUGGAGGAAUCGAGGCUCGAAUUGCCGAAGGACAUCGUGGAAGGGAUCGCUCGAGUGAUUGUGGAGAGCGUGCCUAGGGAUUCGCGCUUCAUCUUCCGGCCGGAGCUUCCGGUGGCGGUGAACGUCGUGAUUUCGUCUCCGCAUCCGGUUCUCCCCUGCGGCGAGCGCGAUUCGAGUUCGUCGCCGCCGGUCGAUGUGAAAUUCGAGGCGGACGUCGAGGCGCUGUCGUCGAGCGGGCUCCGAGUCCCUGCUUCGGAGUCCGCAAUCGAGAGUUUGGAGACGGUGGCGGCGGCGGAGGCGGGGGAAUUUCGAUCGGAGGAGCGCGGAUGCGCGAUUUGCUUGCAGGACCUGGCCGGAUCGUCCGGGGCGGUGAAACGGCUGCCGUGUUGCCACGUGUUCCAUCACGAUUGUCUCGUGAAGUGGCUGCGUUUCCACCACACAUGUCCCCUGUGCCGCUCGGCUUUGCCCAUGGAUUUGGAAUUCGCACGAAGAGAACUGCUGCGGAGGAUUUGUUGA